AUGCCGCCGCGCCGCCGAGGAGCGUCGGGCUACCGCGGCGUCCGCCAGCGCCCCAACGGCGGGUUCUACUCCGAGAUACGGUCCGGCCAACUCCGGCUCGGCCUCGGCACCUUCGAGACGGCGCACGAGGCCGCCCGCGCGUACGACGCGGCGGCGUGGCGCCUAGGCAGGCCGCGCCCGCAGAUGAACUUCGACGACGUCCACACGCUCCAGCAGGCGCUGGACGUCGCCCCACCGCCUCGUCUUCGCACGGCACAAGACCGUGCGGAGCACGCAGAGCGGCAGCGCCGCCUCCUCGUCGCCCAUGAGGACGAGCGGACCAUGGCGGAGUGA